AGCAGUCGAGAUGACUUUAAGCAGCCUAGUACACUGGCCCCCACUUCCAGUUCGAGGGAACUAAGAAUCAGAGAUUAAAACCGUGAACCCAAAAACCGCGGGCUAGAGGCGAAAUAACGAGAGAGGCCUCUCUCGUUAACCCUAGUUUUUUUUUCUCCCCUGACAGCCUCCGGGCUCUACUAUGGCAUAACUUUUUAAGGGGAAUCCUCUGAAAUAUAUGCCCAUGGCAUCUGAGGCGCUCUGUAUGAGUAAUCAGAAGGGUAGUGGGCUUUGUGCAGAAAGUAAAAGACAUAAUAAAAUCAAACACGUAGAAUGUCAGAGUAAUUUAUCCUGCUCCUAUGAGGAUGCUGGAAAAUCACAUCCUCAAGAAAUCAAUGAGACUUCAUGUUACAGAGAGACCAUUCAGAAAGGCUUAAUUAAAACACAAAAUGGUGCACCCGGCAAUGCUGAAACAAGUUGUCAUGGCAUUGAACACGAGACAUCUAGCACAAGACAGUUGGAACAAAAUCUGGACCAGCGGAAAGUCAGUACUUUACAAGAUUUGUACAUGCAAGACCAUUAUGAUGAUGAAGAUGAUGAUAGCGACUGGGAGCCUGUAAAUCACUUUAUAAUCAAGAAGUGGUUCUGUACGAACUGUACAAUGCCAAACUUCGACGACACUUGUCAGUGUGAUGUUUGUGGAGAACGUAAGGAGUCAGAAAUCUUAGGGUAUCAUUCUUUCCUCACCUAUUUUGGUCAAGCGGCUAAGGUUUCACUUGAGUCAGACGCUGUUCGUAAUAAUCAGGAUUUACCCUCAGCAACUUGUACAGCCAUUGGAUUUGAUGAGAGAAUGCUGCUUCAUUCGGAGGUUGAGAUGAAAACACAUCCACACCCUGAGAGACCAGAUCGUCUGCGAGCGAUUGCAGCCAGCCUUGUUUCUGCAGGAAUAUUUGCCAGAAAUUGCUAUGUGAUACCUGCUAGAGAAAUUACUCCUGAAGAGCUGCUGUUGGUUCAUUCGUCGGAUCAUAUUGAAACGGUUCAACAAACAAGCCAGUUGUUUUCCAGCUAUUUCACUUCAGACACAUACGCAAAUGAACAUUCAGCUUGUGCUGCCAGAAUUGCUGCUGGACUCUGCGCAGAUCUUGCUCGCUCAAUUGUCUCUGGGCGCACGAGGAAUGGUUUUGCUCUGGUAAGGCCUCCUGGGCAUCAUGCAGGCAUAAAACAAGCAAUGGGUUUCUGUCUCCACAACAAUGUUGCAGUGGCUGCAUUAGCAGCUCAGAGUGCAGGUGCCAAGAAAGUGUUAAUUGUUGACUGGGAUGUACAUCAUGGCAAUGGCACUCAAGAGAUAUUUGAGAGUAACAAAUCAGUCUUAUACAUAUCAUUACAUCGGCAUGAAGGUGGAAAUUUCUAUCCUGGAUCUGGUGCUGUUGAUGAGGUUGGGAUAUUGGAUGCUGAAGGAUACUCGGUUAAUAUUCCCUGGAGCUGUGGGGGUGUGGGGGAUAAUGAUUACAUUUUUGCCUUCCAAAACAUUGUACUUCCCAUAGCCUCUGAAUUUGCACCUGAUAUCACUAUUAUAUCAGCAGGAUUUGAUGCAGCAAGAGGUGAUCCACUAGGCUGUUGUGAUGUAACCCCUGCUGGAUAUGCACAGAUGACACACAUGUUGACUUCUCUUUCCCAGGGAAAGUUGCUUGUUGUACUUGAAGGAGGUUACAAUCUUCGAUCAAUAUCUUCUUCAGCUACAGCAGUAGUUAAGGUGCUACUUGGUGAGAACCCUGUCCAUGAAAUGAGUUACACCAUGCCUUCAAAGGCAGGCCUGGUAACCGUUCUGCAGGUCCUGAAAAUACAGCUGAACUUUUGGCCUAGUUUAGAGUCAAACUACACAACUCUGCGAUCGCAAUGGGAAUUGGUUUCUUCAAACAUGAUAAUCUCCAGAAAAACAAGCAAAGAAAAGAAGGCGCUUUGUGGGCCCUGUGUGGUGGAAAUGGGGGAGCAAAAGGUUCAUUUACGAACGGCUGUAUGGUGCAAAAAGGGCUCGUUGGUGGUAGCUAUGAUCAUGAAGACGCUUGCAUACAAAAAGCUCCUCUUUGGUUUUGUGGUUUCUUUGGUGAUGUGUUACAAAGUGUCUCAUUUUGUGUUUUUGUUAUUUACUCCGUGUAUGAUCAAGGAGAUUGAUGCUAGUUGUUUCGCUCUGUAUAAAUAGAACUAAGCAGAUUUUCAACUCGUAGCUGCAGUUAUAUCUAAAACCGGCUUUACUUUCUUUACUAGUCA